CUGUUUGAUCCUCAUGGCGUUUUGAAUGAGACGGAACAGACCUGACAUUUAGCCGACUGGCUAAAUGCUACGUAGGUGUAAUAAUCUACCGUUCAUUUAAUCCGUUUGGAUGUUGUUGUUCGGGAUUGUGUUCGCAUUUCUAGUCGGCUGUUGACAUGAUGUGUGUAGUCAGACUGAUGUUAAGGACUCUGAAAUGAAAUACACAUCCGUGUGAGAAGGAAUCUUUCUGAUGAGGGGGCUCCUACUGCUGGCAGGAUGCAGCAGAAGAGGAACAUCCAGAUCAUUGAGUGGGAGGACCUGGACAAAAGGAAGUUCUACUCUUUUGGGGUGUUCAUGACCAUGACCAUCCGGGCCACCGUCUACCCGGCCACGCUCAUCCGCACUCGACUGCAGGUGCAAAGGGGGAAAUCACUUUACAGUGGCACUUUUGACGCCUUUUUUAAGAUCUUGCGGGUGGAGGGUGUCCGAGGCCUGUACCGCGGCUUCAUGGUCAACACGUUCACCCUUAUCUCAGGUCAGGCGUACAUCACCACGUAUGAGCUGGUGAGGAAGUACGUCUCCCACUAUUCUGAGGAUAACACGGUGAAGUCGCUGGUGGCCGGUGGCUCCGCCUCUCUGGUGGCUCAGAGCAUCACUGUUCCUAUAGAUGUUGUCUCCCAGCAGCUGAUGAUGCAGGGACAAGGGGAGUACCUCACCCGCUUUCGACUUAAUUCUAACACAGACUCUGGAAAACCCAAAAGAGUUUUUGGCCAAACCAGGAACAUUAUGGCUCAGAUUUUUGCUGCUGAUGGUUUCCGGGGCUUCUACAGGGGAUAUGUGGCAUCUUUACUCACCUAUAUCCCAAAUAGUGCUGUGUGGUGGCCGUUUUACCAUUUUUAUGCUGAGCAGCUCUCUAAACUGGCUCCCAGUGACUGCCCUCAUCUGAUUCUUCAGGCUAUGGCCGGACCACUCGCUGCUGCCACUGCAUCUACUGUCACAAACCCAAUGGAUGUGGUUCGGGCCAGAGUACAGGUUGAAGGUAGGACUUCAGUGGUCGAGACGUUCAGACAGCUGAUCGCAGAGGAAGGAUUCUGGGGAAUGACCAAGGGACUGUCAGCACGCAUCAUUUCCUCCACACCCACUGCCAUCGUCAUGGUGGUCGGCUAUGAGACGCUAAAAAAACUGAGUCUCCGACCGGAGCUGGUGGAUUCCAGACACUGGUAAAAAAAAAAAAAAAAACCUGCACUGCCUAGUUCUGUACAUGGACCAUGUGGCAUUUUAGUCCUGACUUAGACUUUGUAUGAAAGCAGUGGACGGGGGGAAAGACCACCUGGGGAACAAAAUGGAAACAGACACACUCCUCGUUCAUGAUAAGAUGAGCUUCAUUUAAAGACGCACUAAGGAAAAAGAGCCAAGUUUUCCAACAUUAAAUUACAUUAGAUUUCAUGUUGAGUGAGCCCUAGAUUCAUAUGCAUUAUCAGUUGUUCUGCAGCUACACCAGGUUUGUGCUUUUCAGAGAAGUUAUAGGUGGUCACUGCGAUGUUUUAACUGUACAGACUAUACUUUUAUUUUUGUCCUUUGAAAGUUAAUCUAUGCUCUACAAUCAUGUUUGAACGGUGGGGAAGAGUGGAACUAAUCACUGACAACGCUGCUGCUGUAACCCACGACACUAACCUAUUUUCAGUUGGUUCCUACAUAAAAACCUGGUUUUGAUCAGGGUCGGAGACAGGUCACAUGACUCUUGAUGACACAUCGACCAUUAACAGUAAACAGAUGUUUCCAAAGUGUUGGUUUCCUCACCAAACAGAUCUCCCAUGUCUGCGCCACAGUUUCUUUUCUUUGCCUUUUAAGCUGCUGCCUUCAUAGUGUGAAAUCAAAUCCACUACCUGCUUUUUUUUUUGCUUUUCAUUUCUUCAACGUGAGAAAACCAGCAGUUUUAGACUCUAGUAACAUCCUACAGCCUCUGUGUUCUGGUUCUGUCUGAUUUGCAGUUUUCAAUCCUGAAAUCGUGACUCAAAGUCAUGCAUAGGGUACAACAUUAUGAUGUAUUAACAGUGUUUUUUUAUUAUAAUACUAUGCUUUCUCAUUGGUAUCAUACACAUAAAGUGGACUUCUCCUGUCAUGCUGUUAUGCUGAGGAGAAGUCGGCUGAAGGAUAACAUGGCAGUUUCCCUGUUGUGAGUGCAAUAAUGUAAAUGUUUUAUCCUUUUUCGCACAAAAUGUGAUUGUAUACUUGUAAAUUGUGUGAACAACAUGUCUUUAAAAUGUAGAAAAUCUAAUUUAUUUUCUCUUAUUUUUGGGUUGUUACCACAGAAUCAUCAGAGUUGAAAAUAUCAUUGUAUUUUGGGUUACUCUGUUUAUGUGAUAAUGAUGAAUAAUGUUUAAUUAUUGUGGGUCCCAUGAUGAACUGGGACACUCUUGAGGAUUAAGUGGUUCAGAAAAUGAGUGAAUGAAUGAUUGUUGUGACUUAAAUAUACACAUUGUUCUUUUUAUAUUCAAUGAAUCUUCAGGGAAGGUGGAUGCCAAAUUUACUCAAAUAAAAACUGAGUCUCUCAUCAUGACCCUGGGUCAACAUGAACAAAUAAAGUCUGGUCCCCAAAUGCGAAAAAUAUAGUAAUAGCAAAAAUGCGGAGAAAAAACCCCUUUGCCAUCAAUUUAACCUAUGUUCACCAUUACAUAUUUAAUUUAAUACAGUCAACAAUAUAAACAAUAUGUUCAAUAUCAGUUGUCUUAAGUAUUCUCUGAUUUCAGUCACUGCAGGUGUGUGUGUGUGUGUGUGUGUGUGUGUGUGUGUGUUUUAUCCAAUAGUGAUGGUAAUGCAUUAAGUGCUGUGCUAAGUAAAUUGGAUUCUAUCCACUGAAACUUGAAAAGGCUUCUGUUUUGAAUAGGUUAAGGAAGUGUUGGAUUAAAACCACAAUGAAACGGGUGAAUAAAAGAAUUAAGACUAUUUCUACUUAUUAAACAAAGGAAAUAAGAAAAAGUAGAAUUGUUCUUCAAAUACAGGCCUGGUACCUUCUGCAGCUGAGGGAAAUAAAAGCCUGGGCCACUAUUUGAGGGAAUACGAUGUGGAAAUAUGGAGUAUAACCUCAGAUCUGAUCAGUUUGUAGAGUUGAUGGUAGUUUUUCUUUAAGUUGGUGCAAGUGACAAAGAUGUCACAGCAGAGAUUCUCAUGAUGAAGAGAGGAUGAUGGUGAUAAUGAGAAUGGGCCUGUUCAGUUCCACUGAAGGCACAUUCUUGAGUCUGAUGUUCUUCCACAAAGCCAUAAAAGCCCCUGAAUUCUUCAAUUAGCCUACUUAGAAAUGUACUCAGACUGCACCGAGAUAUGCAGUAACUAGAAACAUUUAAGGGAAACCAGUUUUCAUGCAGAGCUUCACUCUGACUUGUUCUUUCACAGACAUGUUUUACUAACCCCUUCAAACCUCAGAGACGGAAGGGAAACCAUCGUCUGAUGGCUGUCUCAAAUUAAAAUGUUUAUUUUCUUGUCACUUCCAGUCACUCCACAUGUGUGAUUAUGUUGUCACUGAGUCGGCAGUCAUAAGUCAUGUAUUGAAUACAUGUGCUGAUCAUGUGUUGUCCUGAUGUCUUGUUUUCGCUGCAAUAAAACAUGACGCAAUCUGA